UUGUGGAGCCCUCCGAUGAGCCGAAAAUAGUGAACUGGAGGAAGACAUAUCGCCAACUCAGGAUGUAAUAAAGACGUUAGAAGAUGGACUGAUGAUGAAGGUCCUGGAAGAGGAGACGCAGUCUGGUUGUGCCAAAAGAAGAUUUAAGUACAAGAGGAGGAAGUACCGACAAAAGUGUGUCCCCAGAAGCCUGCAGAUGUGCCCCUGCAGUGGCAAGGUGGAAGAGCAGGAUGAAGAGGAGCCCCAAGGUGCUGGACCUUUCUUCUUCAUUGGAGGAGCCAACGGUGCAGAAAUUGUGAGCGCCUACUGUGAAAAGAGAGGAUGGAAGAGAAUCUACAACAAGCACACAGCCGACUUCAAACUCAAGUGGUGUGAGAACCAAUCUCCGUCCACCUACCGCAACUUCAGAAAAGGUGAACAGCUGGUGUAUCAGAUCCCCAACAACAAGGUGCUCACCACCAAGAUCGGCCUGCUUAGCAGUCUAAGAGAGUACGACCGAGUCAGCAGCAAAGUCAAGCACAGCCGAGCACUCAGGAGGCUGAAAAUCGAGGAGUUUAUUCCUACCACCUUCCGUAUGGACGUAAAACAAGAGCGAGAGGCUUUCUUCGCACAGCAGGAAGGUAAAACUAAAAAGUACAGUGUGAGCAACAAUACUGGUCAAAUGUGGAUCUGCAAGCCUACUGCUCUAAACCAGGGCAGGGGGAUCUUUCUGCUGAAGAGCCUGCAGGACGUCGUUGCCUUAAAAGUUAAGCUGCAGGACAUUGAGGACCGACGGGCCAAAGCAAAGACCCUUCAACGCCAGCCUCAGGCUUACAUUGUCCAACAUUAUAUCCAGAGGCCGCUGCUGUUAAAAGGGAAGAAGUUCGAUGUGCGCUCUUUCCUCUUGAUCGCCUGCACGUCACCUUACAUGGUCUUCUUUCACCACGGUUACGUGCGACUCACCUGUGACCUCUAUGACCCCAGCUCAAAAAACCUCUCGGCCCACUUGACCAAUCAGUACAUGCAGAAGAAGAACCCUCUGUACAGCCAGGUGAAGGAGGACACGGUGUGGUCCAUGGAGAGCUUCAAUGUGUAUGUCAACGACCGGUUUCAGGAUGCCAAGCGUCUACCAAGGGACUGGGUGCUGGGCGCCUUCACUAGGCGCAUGCAGCAGAUCAUGACACAAUGUUUCUUUGCUGCCAAAUCCAAGCUAGAUUGCAGACUGGGCUUCUUUGACCUGAUUGGCUGUGACUUCAUGGUGGACGAGGACUUCAAGGUUUGGCUCUUGGAGAUGAACUGUAAUCCAGCUCUUCACAUCAACUGUGAGGUGCUGAGAGAAGUCAUACCCCCUGUUGUGGUGGAGACACUUGAUGUAACUCUGGAAAUCUUCCAUAAGCGUCUUCUCAGGCAGCGUAUCCUUCCUUUAGGCAGUCAGAGGGGCUUUGUGCUCUUGUACGAUGGACCCGAUAGCUCAGCUCUGACUUGCAAGAAAAGGCAUCGUAGACGGAAACGGAAACAGUCGUAAAGUCACAACAAAGAGCCAACCCCGCAGCUGAGUGGGCAGAGCUUCAGAUGGCAACAUUGGCCCGAACAAGAACGGUCGUUCUGGAAUGGAACUCAAACUGAGUAUGUGCAUUUUGCAGCGUCCUUCACAGGAUGGAGAAGUGCUGAAACAAACACUUAGCAUGCACAUCUACCGUGUUGCUGACUUACACUGACCUGUGACAACAACUAACCCUCUUCUAAUGCGUACUGAUGUGAGGCACAAAAUAGAAUGCAAACAUAUAUAUUUUAAAGCAACAAUAUACCAUAACUGAUCUAAAAUAACAUAAGUUGGCAAGUGAAUUAGAUUUUGAAUAUCCAUAAGUUUUGCCACCAAGCUACUUAUUAUUUAAAGAAUACUAAUUUGUUGUAGAAAGACUUGUGUCCACUGUGCGGGGAGUAUCUUUAAAUAUUUCAGGAAAACAUUUGAACCAAAAGUAACUACAGUCACUGUAUUUAAGUGACGAUUUCCAUAUCUGUUUUACAACACAUGUAAGUUAUACAGCUUAAAAUUUGAAAAGAGUAGCAGCGGCCUCUAGUGCUACAAAGCAGCAAUAGCAUCAUUGCAUUUUGAUACUGUACAUGUGUGACUAUUAUUCUUACACACUGGUAUUGUAUUUUGAAGGAAAGCAAACAUAGUUAUUUCAAUAUUCAGUAUUUAAAAAUGUGAAUGUAAAAAGGGUAAAUUACUUUUUGGGAUUCUAAAUUACAGUACUGUGUUUAGAAAAUAAUUGUGUACUGUAGUUUCCAAUAUUGUCUAUUCCGACAAAAGAAAUUAGAUUGAAUCUUUAACAAAUUAAAAACCUGAUUCAUUUCUAAAUAUUUUGGAAAAAAAAUUAAUAUACAGUAAUCUAAUUAUAACAAUAUAGUCAUGUAUUUCUGUUAGCUACUAAACUACAUUGUCUAGCAGUGUCUGUAUGAGUUAUUCCUACAUUAAAUUCAUCCGUAGCGUUGAAAUGAAAAAAAGUAUUUUGUGUUAGAUAUGAAGAUCUUUUUUCACCAAGUACCAUAUCAGAAAAAACUUAGGCCCUCCAAGUACUACCAUAAUGACAAACAUUAAAUCACAGUAUCAUAAGAAGCCUAAAUAUUAAUGAAAAACAAGGCAGAUGUUCUAUUUAACAAGUGUAAUUAAUAUUUUUGGCUACUGUAAGAUUACGCACCAUUUGAACAGUAACACCAUUUUGCAAUAUUUAUUUCAGUGAUUUGUUGUCACACUACAACUAGUGGUACGGGUACUAAAGUUUGACAAUCACUAUUCGGAAUAAAUUUUUGUAUGUUCGUAGUGACAGUACUCUAUCACUAAGAAUUAUUUUACGUAUUGUGGUAUUUUAUAUUGAACAAAAUAAUAAUUAUUUCAAAAGCUAAAUAUAUGAAAAAAUUGUUACAUAAAAUUACACAAAUGCAUUUUUGUCAGCUCUUAAACGAAGUACUUAUCAUAUGAUCGGACCCAGUGUCUUUUCCACUUUUCAAUCACUGUCGGGUAUUAUACAUUAUGUUACGUUAUGCAUUAUACAUAUGUAAAUAUAUCCUAAUUUAAGAAAAACUGAAAAAUUCAUAUGAAAUAAAAUGUAGAAAUGGUAACUUAUCUACAAAAGUAAUACAAUAUCAUACACAAAUAUUUUAUCAUACGUUGUUUUUAAACCUCAGAUCAUUUUGGGAGAAAAAAAUUGAAGUUUAAAAUAAGAUAAAAAAAUCAGUCUUAGCCUUGGCUCUGAAGAGGGGGUGCAGACUGAGGCCAAGGGAAAAAAACAACAACUCAUAGCCAUAGAACACAUCCCUCUUACAUGUGUGUAAGAGGGAAACAUCAAACAUCAAAGAACACAGAGGACAUUAAAGACAUUAAAGCAGCAGAUACAACCAGACACUUCUACAUAGAGCUAUGAAUAAAAAGUAAAAGAAACAUAUCCACUGUGGUGGCCUUUGCGGUGUUCCACGCCAUCGUCCGCUGGGGUGGAGGGAGCAUGGCCAGAGACAGGAGUAGACCCAACAAAGCAACCAAGACAGCCGACUCCACUCUCGGCCAGUGUCCAGUCCGCAUGGAUGAGCGAGGAUACGUCCAAGGUGACUGAGGUGUCCGACACCUGCUCAACCAGCCAAGACACCGCGAAGACUCUCCGUCCCAGCGCUCAUUGUUGGCUCCGCAGCCCUGUCCCCUCAUCCGCAUCUCCUCCGGUCCCUCCAAGCCGACUCCGGUGUGGCAAAGACCCUGCAGCUGGUCUCCAUGGCCAAAAGGCUCCCGGGAGGCAGAUCCAGAAGUCCACAAAAAAAGCACCACAGAGGUCACGAAAGUGCCACCCCUUGUCACACAGUCCCAAAGCGUCCCGGACCAAGAGGCAAGAAAAUAUAAUAACACAUGAAAACAAGAGGGAAACACAAAAGGAUGACACAAGAGCACAGAGCUCCUGCCAACAGCAGCCACUACAGCAGCGCCAUCUUGGAAAAAAGAUUGUGUGGUUAAUAUAUGGCAGAAAAGAAACAUAAAUAGUAAUUUUUCAUCAAUUAUUUGCUCAUAUUUACUGUAAUUUCAAGGUAAACACAAUACAGUUAGUGCAGUCAAGAAUAUUCACUUUUGUUUUUUUAAAGUGACGUUUUUAUGACUAUGUCUAACUAAUAACAGGAAUAAUAAUAAUAAGUGUCGAGUGUUAAUCAAAAGUAAGCAACAACAAGAGGCAAGGGUUUCUUACAAAGUUGUUUUAAUUGUAAUAGUUUGUUUUGGGGAUUGUGUAAAACUACUUAACUGAUUCCCACUGGAAGGGUUAUAUGGACACAGGUGGAAUAGCACCAGUCCUUUAUUUUGGUGCGUGUAAAGGAAAUGUUUGUACUUUUGUAAUAUGGUUAGCAUUGAUUUCCCCCUUAACUUUAGGUGAAUAAUGAAAGAGUCUUGAUGACAGAAUGUGCACACAAGUCUUAGUCUGCAAAGCCCUGAUUGGCUGUUUACUUGACAGAUCGGUAAGUGUACAGCAAACAUUGUGUGGUUAAAUUGGGCCGCAGUUCAUAACAGUUACGCACAAAAACAAAUUAUGCCCCAAAAUGGGGCUAACAAGUGCGUCUUGUCAAGCCCCACCAUCCCCCCUCACCCUGAUUGACUCUCCCACCCCCGUCUCCAUUGUGGACUCCAUCCGUUUCCUGGGCCCCACCAUGACCCAGGACCUCAAGUGGGAGCCGACCAUCAGAAGGCCCCAGCUGAGGAUGUACUUCCUGCGGCAGCUGAAAAAACUGAAAGGGCCGACUGAGAUGCUGGUGCAGUUCUACUCAGCAAUCAUCGAGUCCAUCCUCAGCUCCUCCAUCACCGUGUGGUUCCUCGGCACCAUGACAAGCAUCGACUGCAGCGCAUGUUAUGUACUGCUGAGAAGGUGAUUGGCUCCAAACUCCCACCCCUCCAGGACCUGUUGUCCUCCAGGACCAGGAUAGAUAGAUGGAUAGAUGGAUAGAUAGAUGGAUGGAUAGAUGGAUGGAUGGAUGGAUAGAUGGAUGGAUGGAUGGAUGGAUGGAUGGAUGGAUGGAUAGAUAGAUAGAUAAUACUUUAUUGAUUCCUUCAGGAGAGUUCCUUCAGGAAAAUUAAAAUUCCAGCAGCAGUGUACAGAGUUGAGAUCAAUUUAAAAAAAGUAAAAAGUAAAUAAUGGGGGUUUAAAUGAAAACAAACAGAGAAAUAUUACAAUAAUAAUAAAAAAUAAAAAGCAACAAUGGGAAUAAAAAUAUAACAGUAAAAUAAGAAUAUAACAAGACAAAGUAGGCAGUAGUGACCAUGUUAUGAAAACGUUUUGCACUGUUAUUGUUUUGCAUCCCCUGUUAUCCUUGUACCCCCUGCUCCUGCCCCAGAGAGGAGUUGUACAUUCUAAUGGCGUGUGGGACAAAGGAGUUUUUGAGUCUAUUAGUCCUGUACUUGGGAUGAAGCAGUCUAGCACUGAACAGGCUCCUCUGGCUACUGAUAACGCUAUUCAGAGGGUGACUGGCAUCAUCCAGGAUGCUCACUAGUUUGUCAAAAGUCCUCUUCUCUGCCACCGUCACCAGUGAGUCCAGUUUCAUUCCGAUUGUAGAACCGGCCCGCCUGAUCAGUUUCUCAAGUCUGGAGCUGUCCUUAGAUGUACUGCCCCCCCCAGCACACUACCAUGUACAACAGAACACUGGCAACCACAGACUGGUAGUACAUCCACAAGAGUUUUUUGCAGAUGUUGAAGGAGUGCAGCCUCCUGAGGAAGUACAGCCUGCUCUGUCCUUUCUUGUACUGGUGGUCCGUGGUAACAGUCCAGUCCAGCUUAUUGUCCACCCAAACCCCGAGGUACUUGAAUGAGUCCACGGUCUGUACCUCAACUCCCUCGAUCACAAUAGGUUGUGACCGUGGACUUGACCUCCCAAAGUCAAUGACCAGCUCCUUGGUCUUUGACGGAUUGAGCUGCAGGAGGUUCGUGUGGCACCAGACAACAAAGUCCCUCACCAGGUUCCGAAACUCCUCCUCUCUGCCUCCCCUGAUGCACCCGACGAUGGCUGUGUCAUCCGCGUACUUCUGAAUGUGACACAGCUCUGAGUUGUAGCAGAAGUCAGCUGUGUACAGGAGGCAUGUGGGUCGGAUCACAACUGACUCUUCUGACCCUGGACACAAAAUAUUCUCCCCUCUCCCCUCAGGCAAGAGACUACGGUCCAUCCAGACCCACACCUCCCGCCACCUGAACAUUUUUUUCCCCCUCGGCCAUCAGACACGUGAACAAUAACAAGAUCUGAUAGCUCAGUUGCAACUCAUGUUAUUCUAUUCUGUGUUAUAUGUCUUUUAUGUUGCACGAUUGCGGCAGGUAAAAUUCCUAGUUUGUGGACCCGUUCUCAAAC